CCGACUUCCAGUUGCUUUUGCUGUUGCUGCCGCUGUUGAGAACAUCCAAGUCCUGCCUCUGGGAGCCAGCAAGAGAACACUCCCGCCCUGCCCCUCCCCGGCAGUGGCCCAGUCAUGCCAACCCAGCUCCGAGGCCUCUUUCUGGGCCUCUGCGUUCUGGUCCUUUUGGAAACUGCUGCAGCCCAGACCCCCAAAGAUCCUCCAUGUCGUCGUCGGUGUCCCCAGCAUGCCACUUGUAUCAAUGGGACCCACUGCACCUGCAAAAAUGGAUUUGCUUCUUCGACUGGGGAGAAAUACUUCAGUGACCCUCUGGAGAUCUGUGACGAUAUUAAUGAAUGUGUACCACCCACUGAUGUCUCUUGUGGUCAGAAUGCAGACUGUGUUAAUACAGAAGGAAGUUACCACUGCACUUGCAUCUCUGGAUAUGCACUUCCUUCUGGGGAGAAGACAUUCCCAAAUGCCACUAUGAACAACUGUCAAGAUGUGGAUGAAUGUCAGCUCAAUAGCUCACUCUGUGCACCCAAUGGGGUCUGUAAAAAUGAGCUUCAAAACUAUACAUGCAUAUGCAAGCCUGGCUUUGCCAAAAGCAGCAAGAACCAGUUGGAGGAUUGCAUAGAUGUUAAUGAAUGUGUACCACCCAGUACUAUCUCUUGUGGUCAGAAUGCAGCCUGUGUUAAUACCUAUGGAGAUUACCACUGCACCUGCAUCCCUGGAUACAAACUUCCUUCUGGGGAGAAGACAUUCCCAAAUGCCACUAUGAACGACUGUCAAGACGUGGAUGAAUGUCAGCUCAACAGCUCACUCUGUGCACCCCAUGGGGUCUGUAUGGACACACCCCCUGGAAGCUAUAGCUGUGAGUGCAAACUGGGCUUUGCCAAAAGCAGCAAGGACCAGUUCAAGAAGUGCAUAGAGAUCUCCUUCCCCUUCUGGACACCACCCCCUGGAGUCAGUCAGAACUUGAUCGAAAAACUGAAGUUUAUCACUGGCAAAUUCAAAUCUGCCUCUGCCAAUGAAUCCAUCCAGGUGUUUGUGAAAGAUGUAGAGAAACUUCUGAAUGAAUCCAGAGACCUGGAGCAUCUGCCCUUAGAGGCUCGUCUUCAAGUGGCCACAUACCUGCUCUCUAACGUUGAACAAAUCCUUCGAGACCUUGCCCAGACCAUGCCCCAUGGGGCCCUGGUCUUCCAUACUCAGGGGGGCACAGAGCUGUCUGUAAACGUGAAGGAAAAACCAACAGGGAGCGUUGAGGUGGGCAGAAGCCAUACGAAGAUGAAGCUGGACUGGAAUUUGGCUCGGAAACACGGUGACUCAGAAAAUACUGUUGUGGGUCUGUUCUCCACUUGUGACAUGAAGAAACUGCUGGCCAACGCCCCACUUGUCUUGGAGCCUGAAAAAAAGGCUGAUCUGCAACAAGUGCAUGAGGCCCAGGUUGGAGGGGGUGUUCCAGUUCUGCUCUCUGCUGUCAGCACGGCCUUCCUGAGCAACAAGGACACUGGAAACCUCAGCUCCCCAGUCACCUUUGCCUUCUCCCACGAAAAUGUGUCCUCAGGGUCAAGGCAGGAAGUGAUCUGUGCCUUCUGGCAACAUAACGAUAAGGGGAGCGGUCACUGGGCCACUACUGGCUGUAGGAAAUUGGGAAGCAACGGCAACAGCACCACCUGCCACUGUACCCACCUCAGCAGCUUUGCCAUCCUCAUGGCCCACUAUGAUGUGGAGGACUGGACGCUGUCAGUGAUCACCCAGGUGGGGCUGGGAGUGUCCUUGGUCUGCCUGCUCCUCUGCAUCCUCACCUUCCUGCUGUGCCGGUCCAUCCAAGGCUCCCGCACCACCAUCCACCUGCACCUGUGCCUCUGUCUCUUCGUGGGCUCCACCGUCUUCCUGGCUGGCACCGCCAACCCUGGCCAAGUCGAGGUGGGGCUGCGCUGCCGCCUCGUGGCCGGCCUGCUGCACUACUGCUUCCUGGCCGCCUUCUGCUGGAUGUGCCUCGAGGGUCUGGAGCUCUACUUCCUGGUGGUGCGCGUGUUCCCCGGGCCCGGCCUCCGCACGCGCUGGCUCUGCCUGCUCGGCUACGGGACGCCCGCCCUCAUCGUGGCCAUCUCGGCCGCAGUCAACAGCCGGGGCUACGGCCGCCCGCGAUACUGUUGGCUGAGCCGAGAAAAUGGCUUCAUCUGGAGCUUCCUAGGGCCCGUCACCCUCAUCAUUGCGUUCAAUGCCUUCAUCUUUGUGAUCACCGUCUGGAAACUCACCCAGAAGUUCUCAGAGAUCAACCCUGACAUGAAAAAAUUAAAGAAAGCUAGGAUUCUGACGUUCACAGCCAUUGCUCAGCUCUGCAUCCUGGGCUGUACCUGGAUUUUUGGCCUGUUCCUGUUCGGCCCUCAGAGUCAAGUCCUGGCCUACAUUUUCACCAUCCUCAACUGCUUCCAGGGCUGCUUCCUCUUUCUGCUGCAUUGUCUUCUCAACAAGAAGGUUCGAGAGGAGUACCGGCGCUGGGCCUGCAUAGUCACUAAGAGCAAAUACAAUGAAUUUUCCACCUCUACAACCAGCCAGAGCCGGGCCCUCAGACCUUCGCUGGAAUCUGGGAUGUGAACAGCACCGAGGGGCCCUGUGGGGACACUGCAGCUUUUGCACAUGCCGAAGGACAAUUCUGCUGCCUAUUCUAUAACCCCUCUUGCCCAGUACUCCUAGGGAGUCCAUCUUCCUUUCAAGGCAGGCCUCAUUCAAGGAACAUGAAGCUCUAGGGAUGCAGAGCCAGCCCUCAAGAGAACCAAAAUGUAGCUCUUGCUAUUCUGAGGGAGGGUAAGGAAAUCGCCUUGGCUUAGAAACAUGCAACUUGUGAUUCCUUCCCCACUACCACCAGCUCCCUGGGGAAGGGGCUCUCUGGGUUUGUUUCCUCCCCGCCCUAGCUUUGGCACCAAGGGCCAGGACCACAGAAGAUAAGAUGGAACUGGGACCCAAUUUCCUUUUUCUCACAUUAUUAGGAAAGGAGUGUGAUGACAGUGACUGAGGCAAACGGUACAAAGGGGCCUUGUCCCCAUCCUUUAUCUAUUGAUUGGGGGGGGGCCCCACAGACAACUCCGAUGCCCAGGGGCCGGGGAAACCAAACCAAGCAUGGUGUGGACUUUUUUUAUUUGUUUAUAUUUAUCUUUUUAAAAAAGCUUUCUAAAAUUGACAUUUCAGUUUAAACAGACUGAGUUAAUACAUGAUAGUUACUGCCUCCUUUGUUCUCAAUGAGCCCACAAAGAUGAUUACAAACCCUAAUGUACUGUUCUCUGCCCCUCUAAAAAGAAAAUUUUAUUCCUAAAAAGGAAAAAGAGGUGAGAUUUUUGUAAUAAAAGUUUAUUCUUACACAAA